AUGCAGGCCCCCAUUCUGGUAUUCCGAAAUGAAGUACGAACGCAAUUGAGCCACAAAGCAGCAAUCUACAAUGCAGCACAACUAGGUUAUACACCAAUGGUAUGUGUUGCUCAAGAUACUUGCAAAGGUCAACCAGUCGAAGAUCUUGCACUCGUUAAAAAACUCCUCGAACUGUCUGAUAGUAAGACAGAGCAUUUACCCGGACUGUUACCUUUUGUUCCUGGAAUGCCUGUUAUUUUAACACAAAAUAUAGCUACUGAACUGGCACUUCAAGCAAAACUUGUUUCAAUACCGUUAGUGGAACAGACAUUUCGCGUCGACAUUGGUGAUAUUCUUCCAAAAGAUAAGAAACCAAAAUCAAGUAAAAAAACAAUUUUAUCUAUUAAGCGACAUGCUCUACCACUUGUACCUGCUUAUUCCAUUACGACACAUAAGAAUCAAGGUCAAACGUUGAAUAAAGUCGUCAUUGAUCUAAAACUGCCCAAUGAAACUGAUGACAUUGCAGCAGUUUAUGUACCUUUAUCGCGUGUAAAACGUUUAAUUGAUUUAAUUAUUUUACGGCAUUUCGAUUACACGGUUUUGCUAAUCAAACCAAAUAAAUCUCAACUCGCCGAAAUGGAAAGACUUGAUAAAUUCUAUUUAGGGACACAAAUGCGUUUUUCCACGUGGUUUUGA